AUGGGGAAGAUUUCUACUGCAGCAGAAAUACCACGUGAGCAACGUGAGGCUUUGUACGCCCAUAAAGAGAUACAGUCAAUGGAGGAUGACGGCCUCCUGUGGGAAGAUGUCACAUGGGAUCUGCAAGAAGCUGUGCCGCUGUCGGCUGAACAAAGGCAGUUUUUGGACGAGUUCCACCAAUUGAAAUGCGAUCUAGAAGAGCGUAUCCGCCAGCUUCGUGCCCUGGCCGACCAUCUGGACUCCACCCACAAAACAUUCGCCAAAAGCAAUAUGGUGGUCAACUCCAUCGCUGCUGCCUCUGGGGUUAUGAGUAUCCUGGGCUUAGCCCUGCCUGGAGUAACCUUAGGCGGAAGCCUGGUGCUUUCUGCAGCUAGUAAAGGUCUGCAGGCAGCUGCUGGGGUCACCGCCAUCUUGACCAGCAUCUUUGAGCAUCUUCACAGUAAGAAAGUUCAAGCUCAGACCAGCAGUCUCAUUCCCACCCAUGGCCAAGGGAGCAAAGUGGUUGUGGGAAAAGAGGCAUCCAUGGUGGUAUCUGUUGGCAAGGCUGCCCUGGAAUACAGACACAGCAUGAAGGAAGCGGAGAAGAACAUGCAGGCCUUUCAGAGACUCAGGGCCCACCCUCGCUUGGCAGAGGCUACCAAGAAGCUCCUGACCACUGUCCAAGUCCCAGCCCGAAGGAGCCGACAGGUGCAAAGAGCCCUUGAGGGCACGGCACUGGUGAUGGCCAAAAGAGCCCGUGUGCUGGGCAUCGCGAAGGCCGGUUUACUCUUUGGUGUUGACUUGGCUGCCCUUUUGUCAGACUGGAAGCAGCUGAAGGAGGAAGCAGGGACGGAGGAUGCCGAAGAGCUGAGGGCCCAUGCGCAGGAACUAGAAUCGCUGCUAGCAGCACUUACUGAGCUCUAUGAGCACCUGCAGCAGCAGGAGUGCUUGCAAGAGGACAGCCUGGUGGUUGCCUUCCAAGGGAGCCAGGUGGAUCAGCCUCUCUCCUCAGCCUGA